AAUGAUGAGAUGAGGAUUGUGAUGGUGGGGAAGACUGGAACUGGAAAGAGUGCUACUGGAAACACUAUUCUGGGCCGUGAGUGCUUUGAAUCCAAGUUCGGUGCCAAAUCUUUGACUGUAGAAUCUUCUAAAGCAAAAGCUAAAGUGGAUGGACACCGCGUUGCUGUCAUUGAUACCCCAGGCCUUUUUGAUACCAGGGUUGAUGAAGAGGAAACUCAGAAAAAUAUAUGCCAGUGCAUCUCCUAUGCUUCUCCAGGACCCCAUAUCUUCUUGGUGGUCGUCAAACUGGGCAGAUUCACUGAAGAGGAAAAACAGACGGUGCAAAAGAUUCAAAAAAUCUUUGGCCACGCAGCAGACAAAUACAGCAUGGUUCUCUUUACCCAUGGAGACCAACUUGAAGGCACCACUAUUGAAGAGUUCUUGCAAGGAAGCUCAGACCUGCAGGAACUCGUGGCCAGAUGUAACGGUCAGUACCACGUCUUCAACAAUAAACUGAAGGAGCGCUCUCAGGUCACUGAGCUGCUCCAGAAGAUCAGAGAGAUAGUUCAGAAGAACGGAGGAAGCCAUUACACCACCGAGAUGUUCCAAGAGGCUGAGAGGGCGAUUGAAGAGGAGAAACAACGCAUCCUGAGAGAGAAAGAAGAAGAAACACAGAAAGAAAAAGAGAAAAUGGAGAGAGAAAUACGGGAAAGAUAUGAGAAAGAGAUGCAGAAAUACAACAAAGAACUCCAGGCUGAGAGAGAGAGGGAGAGGAAGGAGAGACAGGUGGAGAGGAGGAGGGAGAGAGAGGAGAGAGAAUGGGAGAUGAAGAGGUUAAAGGAGAAGUGUGAGAGAGAAGUGGAGGAAGAAAGACGCAAGAUUCAGUCGAGAUAUGAAAAUGAAGCCAGAGAUGUAGCUGAGGUGUUUAAUCCAUUACCUUUGCUGGUUGAAGGAAUUAAAACACUUGCGAUGGUGUUAAGAUUUUGGCUUCGAAUUUAAAUUUAAAUUUUUUCCUGCAUUGAAUGAAAGUCAGGAUCUUUUCAUAUAGAAACGCAUAAGUGCCGCUCUGUAUCAUUGUACCAAUGUUUUAAACUUUUUCUUAGAGUUCCUCUGCAUGUCUAGACUUCCUAGCAUGAUGUUACAGAUAGCAACAAGUUCAAAAGUUGUAAUUUUGGGGGAUUAUAUGUGAGGUUCCUGUAAAAUUUGUCAUUCUUUCUGAAGUUUUGAAGCUUUUUCUUUUUUUUUAUAGCUACCUGUUUUCAAACAGCAGAUCCAGUGGACAUAUUGAAUUUCCUUCUUAUGUUAUCUUAGUGAUUUAUUAGUUGGAGUUCAUACUGUGGGCUUUUGGGAAAUUCAGUAUUCACUCAUUAUUAUAGUUAGAGAUAUCUGUAUGUAUGUAUCUUUGUAACUUCUCUUGUUGCCAAUGAUGUUGGUUUUGUUUGUGAGAUUUACUUUCUUGGUGAAUGAAUCCAUCUUUGCUCCAACUUUUACCUUCCCCUUGACUGAGUUGUCUGCAUUGCCUUCACAUGUGUGACUCGCAACCUGACAAUAAACUUAGAUUUGUGAACUUUGUGCCAUGACCUCUAGAACUGUAAGCAUUUGUCUGUCAUGUGAAGGCUGUGUGCAGGCAGGAGUGGUAAUAUGGAGGACCCUAAGCGCAGGCGGGCAUACGGACAGGGGGUAGAUCACAACACGGACACAGAGAAACACAGGGCUUAAAUACGCAGAGGGAGCAAUCAGGGAAUGGAAAA